AUGGGCUUCAGGACGAGUCCAGAGAUGGAAAACCAAACCAGCCAGUCGGAGUUCAUCUUCCUGGGCUUUCCCGGCACCGGGAAUUUCCAGACCUACCUGGUUGUCCUGUUUUCCCUGAUCUACAUUCUGACUGUCCUUGGGAAUGUCUCCAUCAUCAUCUUGGUGAGGAUUCAGCCCCAGCUCCACACCCCCAUGUACUUCUUCCUCUGCAACCUCUCCUUCCUGGAGAUCUGGUACACCACUGUGGGCGUCCCUAAGACCAUCGCGAUCUUCAUGGGCAAGAGCAGAACCAUCUCCUUCUCUAGCUGCAUCCUGCAGAUGUACUUCAUGUUCUCCUUGGGCUGCACUGAGCAAAUCCUUUUAUCUGCCAUGGCCUACGACCGCUAUCUGGCUAUCUGCUACCCGCUGCGCUACAGCACCCUCAUGAACACCAGCCUGUCCGCUCUGCUGCUUCGAUUCCUUCAUCUCUCUAGCUGCAUCCUGCAGAUGUACUUCAUGUUCUCCCUGGGCUGCACCGAGCAAAUCCUUUUAUCUGCCAUGGCCUACGACCGCUAUCUGGCCAUCUGCUACCCGCUGCGCUACAGCACCCUCAUGAACACCAGCCUGUCCGCUCUGCUGGCCGGGGGGUCCUGGCUCUCUGGCUUCCUGGCUAUUUCUAUCCCGGUGUCUCUGCUAACGCAGCUGUCCUUCUGCGGCUCCAACGUCAUCAACCAUUUCUUCUGCAGCUUCGAUUCCUUCAUCAUCCUCUCCUGCACCGACACCUCUGUCAUCGAGACGACAACUUUCAUCAUCGCCAUCAUCGUCAUCCUGGGCUCCUGCUCCAUCACCCUGGUCUCCUACGUUUACAUCAUCUCCACCAUCCUGAGGAUCCCCUCGGCCCAAGGCCGCCAAAGGGCUUUUUCCACCUGCUCAGCCCACCUAACAGUCGUGAUCAUCUGGUACAGCUCCACCAUCUUCCUCUACGUCCGGCCUUCCAAGGAGAACUUCGUGGAGAUGAACAAGGUCGUCAGCAUUUUCAACACUGUGGUGACACCGCUGUUAAACCCCUUCAUUUACACGCUGAGAAAUAAAGAGGUGAAGGAGGCUCUGUGGAAGACAUUCCGCCGGAUGUGA